AUGUCCGGUGGCAGCGGCGGUGGCAGUGGUGGUGGCGGUCCUUCACUCAUGGACUCCCUCUUCCAACGCACCCUCGACGAUCUAAUCAAAGGUAUCCGUCUUCAUACUCCUGGCGCCGCUCAAUCGUCCUUCAUCUCGAAAUCUGUAGAUGAGAUCCGCCGUGAAAUCAAAUCGACAGACUUACAAACCAAAUCCACUGCUCUCCAGAAACUCACUUACCUCCACUCCCUGCACGGCUUCGACAUGUCCUGGGCCGCCUUCCACGCCGUAGAACUCACCUCCUCCCCUUCUUUCGCCCAUAAAAAAACCGGUUAUCUGGCCGCGUCCCUUUCCUUCCGUCCUUCCACCGAGGUCCUCCUCCUCCUCACCAAUCAGCUCCGCAAAGACCUCUCCUCUACCAACCAGCAUGAGGUAAGUCUCGCCUUAGAGUGCCUUUCCGUCAUCUGCACGGCGGAUUUUGCACGUGAUUUAACUCCGGAUAUCUUCACUUUGUUGACUUCUAGUAAGAAUUUCAUUAGAAAGAAAUCAAUUGCGUGUUUAUUGAUGAUUUUUAGCCAAUAUCCUGAUGCUGUUAGGGUUUGUUUCAAACGUUUAGUCGAGAAUUUAGAGAGUACUGAUAAUGCCCAAACACUUGCUGCUACUGUUGGUGUAUUCUGUGAGCUUGCUAGUAAAGAACCAAGAACAUAUCUCCCUCUUGCACCUGAAUUUUAUAGGAUUUUAGUUGAUUCAAGGAACAAUUGGGUGCUGAUCAAGGUUUUGAAAAUCUUUGCGAAACUUGCUAAAUUAGAGCCUAGGUUAGCAAAGAAGGUGGUCGAACCGAUUUGUGAUCAUAUGAAGCGCAGUGAGGCCAAAUCUCUGGUGUUUGAAUGUGUGAGAACUAUUGUGAGUAGUUUCUAUGAGUACGAGUUUGCUGUGAAACUUGCUGUAUCAAAAAUCAAAGAGUUCUUACUGGAUACUGAUUUAAAUCUCAAGUAUCUUGGAUUACAAGGGCUGUUACUUGUUGCACCAAAUCACUUAUGGGCUGUGUUGGAGAACAAAGAGGUUGUAAUAAAAUCUUUGAGUGAUGUUGACCGAAACAUAAGGCUGGAAGCAUUGAGGCUUGUGAUGUCAAUGGUUUCUGAUGAUAAUGUCAAUGAAAUCUGCAGGGUUUUGAUUGGCUAUGCUCUCAAAUCGGAUCCCGAGUUCUGUAACGAAAUUCUAAGGUCAAUGCUAUCAACAUGUUCUAGAAAUGUAUACGAAAUCAUCAACGAUUUUGAUUGGUAUGUGUCACUUCUUGGGGAAAUGGCAAGGAUUCCACAUUGCCAAAAUGGAGAAGAAAUAGAGUAUCAGUUGAUAGAUAUUGGCAUGAGGGUGAAAGAUGUUAGACCAGAGCUUGUUCGUGUGGCUCGUGAUCUAUUGAUUGAUCCUGCUUUACUUGGGAAUCCUUUCAUUCACAGGAUAUUAUCUGCAGCUGCUUGGGUGUCAGGUGAGUAUGUUUGGUUUUCAAAGAACCCAUUUGAGAUCAUGGAAGCAUUACUACAACCACGCACUAAUCUCUUGUCUCCAUCAAUCAGAGCUUUAUAUAUUCAUUCUGUAUUUAAAGUCCUAAGCUUUUGCCUUCAUUCUUUUCUCUUACCCCACAAACCUGCAACUUCUUCUUCUUCAAAGCUUGUUGAUGAACCAGAUUUCACAUAUUCAGAAUCUGAAGAGGAAGCAAAUGUUGAUCUUGCUACAACUUCUUCAAGUUUGUCCAAAAAGAAUGCAUUUACACGGGAGUCAAUGGUAAACAUGUUGGCUCUUGUUUUAACAUCUCUAAGCCCAUUGGCUGAAAGCCAUGAUGUCGAAAUACAAGAAAGGGUGCGGAAUGUUUUAGGGUUAGCUCAAUUGGCACAAGAAGAGAUAUCUUGUGAUCUUGAUAACAAAGAAAAGAUAAUUGAUGGGGUUGCUUUAAAAACAUCAAAUCUCAUCAGAUUAAUCAAUGAUGCACUCUCAGAGGAUCUUGGUCCAGUUUCAUCAAGUGCUCAAGAAAGGGUUCCCAUCCCAGAUGGGUUACUCCUCGAGGACAAUCUUGGAAAAUUGGACACAAUAUGUGCAGAUGUUCAGUUACCAAUAAGUGAAUCCUUUUCUCUUGUAAAGCCUGUUUUGACAGAUGUUGAUUCUGUUUCCAUCAGACAGAAUGAAGAAUCAUCUGAAACAUCUGCUGCUGAAUCUACAUCUCUACUUUCUGAGCAUCGAAAACGACAUGGAAUUUUUUAUCUUCCUUCUGAUAACAAUCAAAAUGCAUCCACAAGUUUCCCACCUGCAAAUGACCCUAAUGAGAGAGAUAAUGAUGUGGAAGAUCUUGUCAGGCUUACAGAAGAAUCUUUAGUUCUUAAAAGGAAGUCAAAUCUAAGUAGGCCAAGGCCUGUUGUGGUCAAACUGGAUGAAGGAGAUAGGCUUCCUAUCACAAGGGCAAAAACGGAAUCAAAUGAUGAUUUGAUAUCUGGAGCUGUGCGGGAUGUUCUUUUGGGUGAUGAAAAUUCACCACCAGCACCAGCACCACAUUCAAAAGUUGAGAAAUCUGAAAUUGGUGAUUCCAGUAGAAGAAAAAGCAAACAUCGUAAAGAAAAAAAGCAUCAAAAUGUUGAAGAAAGUAAACAGAAAAGUGGUGGGCGUCAUGGAAGGCAUAAAGCUAGACAAAGAGCUGAUGAAGGCAUCAAUGUGGCUGUUCAAAUUCAAAAGCCAGUAAUUCCUGAUUUCCUUUUGUAG